AUUCUCGCGUCUUUCUUUCCCUCGCCUUCUUUCCCUCGCCUUCUUUGCUUCGCUCUCUUUUGCUUUCUCCCGCGUCGGAGUUUUGGAGUUUCGGUCGCAUCGUAUCAAUAAAUCUGUACUCUCACGAGCUCAUUACACGAUCCAAACAUUUUUCUCCAUCAGAGUUAUCACUUCAGCGCGCGAAUUUUGAUCUCCGAAAAGCACUCUCUGGAAUUCAGAAAUGGCUAAUGCUUUACGCUUGUAUUUGUCGUGCAUUCGGAACACUCUCGAGGCCGCUAUGUGCCUUCAGAAUUUUCCUUGUCAAGAAGUUGAAAGACACAACAAGCCAGAGGUUGAACUAAAGACCAGCUCAGAACUUAUUCUCAAUCCUAUCCUAAUAUGUAGAAAUGAGUCAGAGAAGUGUUUGAUUGAGACAUCUAUAAACUCCCUCCGGAUCAGUCUCAAGGUUAAACAGACAGAUGAACUGGAGAACAUCCUCACUAAAAAGUUCCUACGAUUUCUGUCAAUGAGGGCAGAAGCUUUCCAGGUGCUGAGAAGAAAACCUGUACAGGGAUACGACAUUAGCUUUCUCAUAACAAACUAUCAUUGUGAGGAGCUGCAGAAGCAAAAGCUCAUUGAUUUUAUUGUACAGUUUAUGGAGGAUAUUGAUAAAGAGAUAAGUGAACUUAAAAUGUCCGUGAACACUCGGGGAAGGCUUGUAGCAACAGAGUUUCUAAAGCAAUUCAUUUGAUGUCUCUCUCUCUCUCUCUCUCAUAUAUAUAUCCUGAGUUGCUCAUUGCAAAUUGCCUGCCAUUGUUGAGAGUUUGGAUGGGGAUCGUUACAUCCAAUAAUUAUGUUGCUGUAAGUAAUUAUUGCCCCUUCUGCAUCGUCUGUACUCAAAAUCUCUUUGCUUUGCUUAAUCCACUUUUUCUGAUGAUAACAUACUGUUUUUAUUAGGUUUCAUUUUUGGCCUUCAUAAAUUAAUCCUACUCUGUAGCUUUUUUAAA